AUGUCGAUGAUCCCAUACCUUUUCGACUACGACCUGCCGCGUUGGCCGAGGCGACUGCUCGACCAGAACUUCGGGCUGGCUCUGAGUCCCGAAGACCUGCUGACGGUAAGCACCAGCCCCAUGGUCCCGCGCUUCAGAUGGUGGUGGCCGCAAGGGAACGAGUCCUCGAUAAAAUUCGACAAGGACAAGUGGCAAAUAAACAUCGACGUCCAACACUUCGCGCCUGACGAGAUAACCGUUAAGACCGCGGACGGAUUCAUCGUCGUUGAGGGAAAGCACGAGGAAAAGAAAGACGAGCAUGGAUUCGUCUCCAGGCAGUUCACGCGCCGCUUCAAGCUUCCGGACGAUAUUAAUCCAGAUGCGAUCGAGUCCAGGCUCUCCUCCGACGGCGUUCUGACCGUGGUGGCACCUGCCAAGGUCAAUUUGUUGAAAGGGGAACGAGUCGUGCCUAUUUGCCACACGGGACCCGUUAGGAAGGAAGUUCAGGACGAUGUCGCCCAUUCGGAAAAUGAAGAGAAGAAGGAU